UCCAUCGUCCACUGAUUCCUUCUUCAUUCCGCUACAUCGAUCUCUUGGGUCUUGGCUUGCCUGCCUAUAAAUUCGCAGGCCCCCAUGCCUCUCCCCAAUCCAAUCCAUCCAUCUCCCUUGCUUGCCGCUACACUCGAUCUACUCUCUCACACACUCCUCUGAUCUCUCUCUCUCUCUCUCGCUAGUCGAUUGGCUUGCCUAGCUCUCUCAAACUGCUCUAGUGCAGUUCAGCAAAAACUAAGUGACUGAAACUAAUUUACAUGGCAACGGUGACCCGUGCACACCUGGAGCAGAGGCUCGCCCUCGCCAAGCGCUGCUCGCGUGAGGCAAACAUUGCAGGGGUUAAGGCGGCUGCCGUUGCGACCAUCGCUUCUGCAGUUCCCACCCUGGCGAGCGUGAGGAUGCUGCCAUGGGCGAAGGCCAACAUCAACCCGACGGGGCAGGCGCUGAUCAUCUGCACGGCGGCCGGGAUGGCAUACUUCGUCGCCGCCGACAAGAAGAUCCUCUCGCUGGCGAGGAGGCACUCCUUCGAGAACGCACCUGAACACCUCAAGAACACCUCCUUCCAGGGCACCGGCCGCCCUCACCCUGCCUUCUUCAGGCCCUGAACAAUUAGAACAGCAUAUGCAUGCAUGAAUCUGAAACUUGAUCACAGUAUCUAGCUCUCGAUCGAUCCCUGUGUCAUAUAAUAAUCGAUGUACGCCCCUGCAGAACCAUUUAGAGCUGCUUCUGUAGAGCAGUGGUGUUAGUACUCAUCUCUGUCGUAUCUGCCAUUAGCCACCUAAUUAAAUACAUGUACUGCUAUCUUGCACUGGGGCUCACUGCAUGUAACACUACUGCAGAGUGCAUGCACUCCUCAUAAUGUUCAGAAAUCACAAGUGGUACUACUAUAUAUUCCGACCACUAUGUAUUGAUUGUCGGUAAACA